AUGGGCGGCAACUCGAGCAAAGUCACGGCCCAGGACAAGGCCAUUCUGGACCUCAAGAUCCAGCGCGACCGGUUGCACCAGUAUCAACGACGCAUCACGGUGCUGACGGACAAGGAGACGGAUAUCGCGCGGCAGAUGCUGGCGCGCGGCGACAAGAAGCGCGCACUACUAGCCCUGCGCCGCAAGAAGUACCAGGAGACGCUGCUGGCCAAGACGGACGCCCAGCUCGAGCAGCUCGAGCGGCUAACGUCGAGCGUCGAGUUCGCCCAGAUCCAAAAGGACGUCGUUUUUGGCCUGCAACAGGGUACGAAAGUCCUGCAGGAAAUUCACGCCGAGAUGGGCGGUAUCGACAAGGUCGAGAAGCUCAUGGGCGAGACGGCCGACGCCAUCGCCUACCAAAAGGAAGUCAGCGAGAUGCUCGGCGGCCGCAUCUCCAACCAGGACGAAGAGGAUGUCGAAGACGAGCUGGCCGCGCUGCAGGCCGAGGUCGCCGGCGAGGGCGUGGCUCAGCAGCUGCCGUCCGUCCCGAACGCGAACCUGCCUGAGGCGGAGCGGCGCGGCGAGGGCGAACCGGCAGCGGCAGCUGAGCGGCCCGAGAGGCAGGCGAUGCUGGCGUCAUGA